AUGGGGCAUGAUAGUCGCGAACGUUUUUCAUGGCAAUUUUUUCGUAAACAUAUAACAACAGGGAGCUAUGAAAAUUACCGUGCUGGUAAGAAAGAAGAAACUCCGUUGUUCUACGUGGCAUACACGGGGUUUUCACCAUUCCAAUCCGCGAAUGGCAGGGCACGGAGCCGCCUACGUGUCGGAGUAGAGACGGAGUGGGGCGCGAAUAGGGAGGCGCCGGGGGCUGCUGGCAAUGGCGCCCGUCCGGAUCGGCGCCGGCGGCUGCGGCUGCUCAUGGGUUCUGACCUACUACCAGGUGGUGCGACGUCGCGCCGUCGGCGGUGGGUGCCCCUGCCCCGCAUAGAGGCCGGCGGCGCCAGGGAGGCUGCUGCUAAGAGGAAUGGCGAAGUUACUAAUGGCAUCCAGCUAAUUUUUCACAUCUAUAGUGCUAUGGGAUCAGUGGAAGUGCCCUUCGACACCAUCGUCAAUGAAGGAUUUCUCCCUUGCACACUUUCGUUCUGUAAUUUCCUGAUUUUUUUGUUUACCUGAUGAAUGGGAGCUAUGGAGUGAAAAUGUUGAGCUUCAUGACUCUGUUUUUCUUCUUUUAAGCUCUCUGUAUUGUAAGCUGGCAUCCCCAACCUGAAUCUUGUCAGACUUUUUUUAAGUAUAAAGCAGGGCGCUAAGCCUUUUCUCUGUAAAAA